AUGGCGCAGCAAGCUGCUGAUAAGUAUCUCUAUGUGGAUAAAAACUUCAUCAAUAACCCCUUGGCCCAGGCUGACUGGGCCGCCAAGAAGCUAGUAUGGGUGCCUUCUGACAAGAAUGGCUUUGAGCCCGCCAGCCUCAAGGAAGAAGUGGGCGAUGAGGCCAUUGUGGAGCUGGUGGAGAAUGGGAAGAAGGUGAAAGUGAACAAGGAUGACAUCCAGAAGAUGAACCCGCCCAAGUUCUCCAAGGUGGAGGACAUGGCGGAGCUCACGUGCCUCAAUGAAGCCUCCGUGCUGCACAACCUCAAGGAGCGUUACUACUCAGGGCUCAUCUAUACCUAUUCAGGCCUGUUCUGUGUGGUCAUCAAUCCUUAUAAGAACUUGCCCAUCUACUCUGAAGAGAUUGUGGAUAUGUAUAAAGGCAAGAAGAGGCACGAGAUGCCCCCUCACAUCUACGCCAUCACGGACUCCGCCUACAGGAGUAUGAUGCAAGACCGAGAGGACCAGUCCAUAUUGUGCACGGGUGAGUCUGGAGCUGGCAAGACAGAGAACACCAAGAAAGUCAUUCAGUAUCUGGCUCACGUGGCCUCCUCGCAUAAGAGCAAGAAGGACCAGGGUGAGCUGGAGCGGCAACUGCUGCAGGCCAACCCCAUCCUGGAGGCCUUCGGGAACGCCAAGACCGUGAAGAACGACAACUCCUCGCGAUUUGGCAAAUUCAUCCGCAUCAACUUUGAUGUCAAUGGCUACAUCGUGGGAGCCAAUAUCGAGACUUAUCUCUUGGAGAAAUCUCGUGCAAUCCGCCAGGCCAAGGAUGAACGGACCUUCCACAUCUUCUACUAUCUCCUGUCCGGGGCCGGAGAGCAUCUGAAGACUGACCUCCUGUUGGAGCCAUACAACAAGUACCGCUUCCUGUCCAAUGGGCACGUCACCAUCCCCGGUCAGCAGGACAAGGACUUGUUCCAGGAGACCAUGGAGGCCAUGAGGAUUAUGAGCAUCCCCGAAGACGAGCAAAUCGGUUUGCUGCGGGUCAUCUCGGGAGUCCUUCAGCUCGGCAACAUCGCCUUCAAGAAGGAGCGUAACACCGACCAGGCAUCCAUGCCCGACAACACAGCUGCCCAAAAAGUGUCCCACCUCUUGGGUAUCAAUGUGACUGAUUUCACCAGAGGAAUCCUCACCCCUCGCAUCAAGGUGGGACGGGAUUACGUCCAGAAGGCGCAGACUAAGGAACAGGCUGACUUUGCCAUUGAGGCCUUGGCCAAGGCCACCUAUGAGCGCAUGUUCCGCUGGCUGGUGCUGCGCAUCAACAAGGCCCUGGACAAGACCAAGCGGCAGGGCGCCUCGUUCAUCGGAAUCCUGGACAUUGCCGGCUUCGAGAUCUUCGAUCUGAACUCCUUCGAGCAGCUGUGCAUCAACUACACCAACGAGAAGCUGCAGCAGCUGUUCAACCACACCAUGUUCAUCCUGGAGCAGGAGGAGUACCAGCGCGAGGGCAUCGAGUGGAAUUUCAUCGACUUCGGGCUCGACCUGCAGCCCUGCAUCGACCUCAUCGAGAAGCCAGCAGGCCCCCCCGGCGUCCUGGCCCUGCUGGACGAGGAGUGCUGGUUCCCCAAGGCCACCGACAAGAGCUUUGUGGAAAAGGUGGUGCAGGAGCAGGGCACCCACCCCAAGUUCCAGAAGCCCAAGCAGCUGAAGGACAAGGCCGACUUCUGCAUCAUCCACUACGCCGGCAAGGUGGAUUACAAAGCCGACGAGUGGCUGAUGAAGAACAUGGACCCCCUGAACGACAACAUCGCCACGCUCCUGCACCAGUCUUCGGACAAGUUCGUCUCGGAGCUGUGGAAGGAUGUGGACCGCAUCAUCGGCCUGGACCAGGUGGCCGGCAUGUCGGAGACGGCGCUGCCCGGGGCCUUCAAGACGCGGAAGGGCAUGUUCCGCACCGUGGGGCAGCUCUACAAGGAGCAGCUGGCCAAGCUGAUGGCCACGCUGCGCAACACCAACCCCAACUUCGUCCGCUGCAUCAUCCCCAACCACGAGAAGAAGUCUGGCAAACUGGACCCCCACCUGGUGCUGGACCAGCUGCGCUGCAACGGGGUUCUCGAGGGCAUUCGGAUCUGCCGCCAGGGCUUCCCCAACCGGGUGGUCUUCCAGGAGUUCCGGCAGAGAUACGAAAUCCUGACGCCCAAUUCCAUCCCUAAGGGCUUCAUGGAUGGGAAGCAGGCGUGUGUGCUCAUGAUCAAAGCCUUGGAGCUGGACAGCAACCUGUACCGCAUCGGCCAGAGCAAGGUGUUCUUCCGGGCUGGCGUGCUGGCCCACCUGGAGGAGGAGAGGGACCUGAAGAUCACUGACGUCAUCAUCGGGUUCCAGGCCUGCUGCAGGGGCUACCUGGCCAGAAAGGCCUUUGCCAAGCGGCAGCAGCAGCUGACGGCCAUGAAGGUCCUGCAGAGGAACUGCGCCGCCUACCUCAAGCUGCGGAACUGGCAGUGGUGGCGGCUCUUCACCAAGGUCAAGCCGCUGCUGCAGGUGAGCCGCCAGGAAGAGGAGAUGAUGGCCAAGGAGGAGGAGCUGGUGAAGGUCCGGGAGAAGCAGCUGGCUGCAGAGAACAGGCUCACGGAGAUGGAGACCCUGCAGUCCCAGCUCAUGGCAGAGAAGAUGCAGCUGCAGGAGCAGCUGCAGGCAGAAACGGAGCUGUGUGCCGAAGCCGAGGAGCUCCGGGCCCGCCUGACGGCCAAGAAGCAGGAGUUGGAGGAGAUUUGCCAUGACCUUGAGGCCAGGGUGGAGGAGGAGGAGGAGCGCUGCCAGCACCUGCAGGCAGAGAAGAAGAAAAUGCAGCAAAACAUCCAGGAGCUGGAGGAGCAGCUGGAGGAGGAGGAGAGCGCCCGCCAGAAGCUGCAGCUGGAGAAGGUUACCACGGAGGCCAAGCUAAAGAAACUGGAGGAAGACCAGAUCAUCCUGGAAGACCAGAACUGCAAACUGGCCAAGGAGAAGAAGCUGUUGGAAGACAGAAUAGCCGAGUUCACCACCAACCUCACGGAAGAGGAGGAGAAAUCGAAGAGCCUGGCUAAGCUUAAGAACAAACACGAGGCCAUGAUCACCGACCUGGAGGAGCGCCUCCGAAGAGAGGAGAAGCAGCGUCAGGAGCUGGAGAAGACCCGCCGGAAGCUGGAGGGGGACUCCACGGACCUCAGCGACCAGAUCGCCGAGCUCCAGGCUCAGAUCGCCGAGCUCAAGAUGCAGCUGGCCAAGAAAGAGGAGGAGGUCCAGGCCGCCCUGGCCAGAGUGGAGGAAGAAGCCACGCAGAAGAACAUGGCCCUGAAGAAGAUCCGUGAGCUGGAAUCUCAGAUCUCCGAGCUGCAGGAGGACCUAGAGUCUGAGCGUGCUUCUCGGAACAAAGCUGAGAAGCAGAAGCGGGACCUUGGGGAAGAGCUGGAGGCUCUGAAGACAGAGUUGGAGGACACCCUGGAUUCUACGGCUGCCCAGCAGGAGCUCAGGUCCAAACGUGAGCAGGAAGUGAAUAUCCUGAAGAAGACCCUCGAGGAUGAGGCCAAGACCCACGAGGCCCAGAUCCAGGAGAUGCGGCAGAAGCACUCACAGGCCGUGGAGGAGCUGGCCGAGCAGCUGGAGCAGACAAAGCGGGUGAAAGCCAACCUUGAGAAGGCCAAGCAGACCCUAGAGAAUGAGCGAGGGGAGCUGGCCAAUGAGGUGAAGGCCCUGCUGCAGGGCAAAGGGGACUCCGAGCACAAGCGGAAGAAAGUGGAGGCCCAGCUGCAGGAGCUGCAGGUGAAGUUCAACGAUGGAGAGCGCGUGCGCACGGAGCUGGCCGACAAGGUCACCAAGCUGCAGGUUGAGCUGGACAACGUGACAGGCCUCCUCACCCAGUCUGACAGCAAGUCUAGCAAGCUCACCAAGGACUUCUCCACCCUGGAGUCCCAGCUGCAGGACACACAGGAGCUCCUGCAGGAGGAGAACCGGCAGAAGCUGAGCCUGAGCACCAAGCUGAAGCAGGUGGAAGACGAGAAGAACUCCCUGAAGGAGCAGCUGGAGGAGGAGGAGGAGGCCAAGCGGAACAUGGAGAAGCAGAUGGCCACUCUCCAGGCCCAGGUGACGGACAUGAGGAAGAAGAUGGAGGAUGGUGUGGGGUGCCUGGAGACUGCCGAGGAAGCCAAGAGGAAGCUGCAGAAGGACCUGGAGGGGCUGAGCCAGCGCUACGAGGAGAAGGUGGCCGCCUACGACAAGCUGGAGAAGACCAAGACACGGCUGCAGCAGGAGCUGGACGACCUGCUCGUGGACCUGGACCACCAGCGGCAGAGCGUGUCCAACCUGGAGAAGAAGCAGAAGAAGUUUGACCAGCUCCUGGCGGAGGAGAAGACCGUCUCUGCCAAGUAUGCGGAGGAGCGUGACAGGGCAGAGGCAGAGGCCCGAGAGAAGGAGACCAAAGCCCUGUCGCUGGCCCGGGCCCUGGAGGAGGCCAUGGAGCAGAAGGCAGAGCUGGAGCGGGUCAACAAGCAGUUCCGCACGGAGAUGGAGGACCUCAUGAGCUCCAAGGACGACGUGGGCAAGAGUGUCCACGAGCUGGAGAAGUCUAAGCGGGCCCUGGAGCAGCAGGUGGAGGAGAUGAAGACCCAGCUGGAGGAGCUGGAGGAUGAGCUUCAGGCCACCGAGGACGCCAAGCUGCGGCUGGAGGUGAACCUGCAGGCCAUGAAGGCCCAGUUUGAGCGGGACCUGCAGGGCCGGGACGAGCAGAGCGAGGAGAAGAAGAAGCAGCUGGUCAGACAGGUGCGGGAGAUGGAGGCAGAGCUGGAAGACGAGCGGAAGCAGCGCUCACUGGCAGUGGCCGCGCGGAAGAAGCUGGAGCUGGACCUGAAGGACCUGGAAGCCCACAUCGACUCGGCCAACAAGAACCGCGACGAGGCCAUCAAACAGCUGCGGAAGCUGCAGGCACAGAUGAAGGACUACAUGCGCGAGCUGGAUGACACGCGGGCCUCCCGCGAGGAGAUCCUGGCUCAGGCCAAGGAGAACGAGAAGAAGCUGAAGAGCAUGGAGGCCGAGAUGAUUCAGCUGCAGGAGGAACUGGCAGCUGCAGAGCGUGCCAAGCGCCAGGCCCAGCAGGAGCGGGACGAGCUGGCCGACGAGAUCGCCAACAGCAGCGGCAAAGGAGCCCUGGCGUUGGAGGAGAAGCGGCGCCUGGAGGCUCGCAUCGCCCAACUGGAGGAAGAGCUGGAGGAGGAGCAGGGCAACACGGAGCUGGUGAACGACAGGCUGAAGAAGGCCAACCUGCAGAUCGAUCAGAUCAACACAGACCUGAACCUCGAGCGCAGCCACGCCCAGAAGAACGAGAACGCCAGGCAGCAGUUGGAGCGCCAGAACAAGGAGCUCAAAGUCAAGCUGCAGGAGAUGGAGGGCACCGUCAAGUCCAAGUACAAGGCCUCCAUCACUGCCCUGGAGGCCAAGAUCGCGCAGCUGGAGGAGCAGCUGGACAACGAGACGAAGGAGCGCCAGGCGGCCUGCAAGCAGGUGCGUCGGGCCGAGAAGAAGCUGAAGGACGUGCUGCUGCAGGUGGAUGAUGAGCGCAGGAACGCCGAGCAGUUCAAGGACCAGGCCGACAAGGCGUCCACCCGCCUGAAGCAGCUCAAGCGGCAGCUGGAGGAGGCCGAGGAGGAGGCCCAGCGGGCCAACGCCUCCCGCAGGAAACUGCAGCGCGAGCUGGAGGACGCCACCGAGACCGCAGACGCCAUGAACCGGGAGGUCAGCUCCCUCAAGAACAAGCUCAGGCGUGGGGACCUGCCAUUUGUCGUGCCCCGCCGAAUGGCUCGGAAAGGCCCUGGCGAGUGCUCAGACGACGAGGUGGACGGCAAAGCCGACGGGGCAGAGGCCAAAGCUGCCGAAUAA